AUGUCCUACCUAGUUCCCUCCUCCCUCCGCUCAGUCUUCUACGCCCCCUCCUCACCACCCACCCCCCUCUCUCCCUGCUACCACCUCCCCUGCUUCGGCCAACCAACUUGCAUCAAAUCCCUCCCCUCCGGCGCCUCCCUCCUCGAACCCCCAGAAAUGCCCACCCCAGCCACCAGCAUCUUCGCACGCAUCCGCUCCAUGCCCAUCGCCUCGGCCAAAUACUCAACCUCCAAACCCUUCUCCGUCAUCGCCGAAGAACCAGAUACCCAAACCUGCACCCAUCCCGCGUGUUCCGGUAUGAAAGGGUUAGAUGUGGCCGAAGAUGUGUUCCUCUGGGACGCAACGCUCGGAUGGGCGAUGCGGAUGCGGUGUCAGACGUGUAGAAGGGAUCGCUGUGAUAGGUGUGAGGUGAAAACCUUUGAGGAUGUGAGCUUUAUGGGGGAGAAGUUGACGGUUAGGAGUGAGGUUGUGGUUGUGUGUUGGCCGUGUAGACAUGGGUUUUGUAAGGGGUGGAGGAUUAGUUUUGUGGUUAGGUGUAGGGGGUGCGGGCAUGGCGUCUGUGGGGAGUGUGAGCUUGGUGAAUGGGAGGUGGGGUGUUGUAGGAGGGGGACGCAUGGGGUGAGUGUUGGGCGGGAAGGGGAUGAGGGGGUGGGGAAAGUUGUGGAGGGUGAAGUGAAGGAGAGUGAAGUGAUGGAGGGUAGUCAGAGUGUGGAGGUGGAAAAUAGUAAUCAGGAGGUAGUGGAUGUUGGCAAGGUGAUAGAACCUGGGGCUGGAUCUGAAUGA